AUGACUGCUGUCGCCAACAAAGCUCAGCCCUUCCGGUUCUUAGAUCUUCCAGGGGAGCUGCGUAACAAAGUAUACAAGUCGUUGUUAUGCUCAUACGAAGCCGCGCCAGAUCGCACUGAAGAUAAUCAUCCUAUGUACUGGGAUACUGUGCAGAAUUACACCUAUGCGUCCCAUAGCAACGACACAGCCAUCCUCCGAGUCAAAAGCCAAGUGCAUCGCGAGGCUUAUGAUGUCAUGGUGAAGACUAAUCGGUUCGUCUCGGUUGUAAUUGAAAGCCCCGCGCCAAUAAACUCCAUGCUUCGAGGUGCAUGCAUUCCGCUCGUCGCGAGAGGAGAAAGUGUGACUAGUUUCCCAGGCCGCGUUCUUCAUGUCGCUAUUCAGACAACAGUCAUAUUCACCUUUUUCGGACCUCCCGACCGUCCCGAAUCCAUCGCAGCAAUAAUACUCGCUCGCGAUCUCCCACUGUUAUGCCGUGGUAUAUCAAAGCUCCAGGACCAAAUCUCACGAGAAGCAUCAAAGUUCUGGGACCUGAAAGUUCUGGAGAUGCAGUUCAUCAUGGCACCUGUCCUUCUUUCCCCGCGACCGCGGUACCGGGACGACCUAACUUCCUUCUUCUGUGAAGCUACGCAAAGAGCUAUAUUGGGCCCAUUUAUCCCCCUCUGGGGCGUUCAUCACGUAGAUGUUUGUGGACAUGUCUUACCUGAGGUCGGAGCAAAACUCAAAAAUCUCCUUGAAGCAGCUCGCUGGCAAGAUCCAAAAAUCAUGGCAAUGGAUACAGUUCAGGCCCUGGUGUUGGGGGUGAGGCAUGGCAAAAGGAAUAUCAUGGUAGCUUUUACCAUCUGGACUAAAGCUUACUCCGCAAUCAGGCGUAUGAGAGCGGGAUCCUGGUGGACUAAGCUCUUAGAUCUCGGCGGUAGGAUUUUCAUCAAAAAGGUCGCAUGGUUGCAAAUGUGGCUGUGUCUCAGCGUGGUAAAAGUGGGGAACGCUUUGUGGGGAGACACCUCCAGACACUAUGACAUACCGUGGCGUAUUCAGCACGCUCGGGGUUCGGCGAUCCGUAUGGCAUGGACCAUGGCAGCUUCGUCCAUCAUUCCUGGGUACUGGAAAGAGGAUUACACAUACCCAUUAUCGGAUACGUUCAAUGUGCAUAUCCAGUAUGAACUAGCAAUGUGCAUCAAGCUUUGGGGGAAACCAAAAAGAGCUAUGGAAGCUGUCAUGGCCAUGAAAGAUGCUUGGGAUAUGGAUCCGGAUGAUCCAACUCUUCGAGAGGCCUUUCUUGGAAACUGA